UCUCUCUCCCUCGCACUCGCGGCUCGCCCUCUCCCUCGCACUCGCACUCGCCUCUCGCUUGCUCGCCCUCUCGCUCUCACUCGCGGCUCGCCCUCGCUCUCGCUCUUUGCCUCGCUCGCUCGCCUCUCGCUCGCGGCUCGCCCUCGCCUCUCGGUCGGUAGCUGGGGAGGUCGCAUCUGUGGCUACUGGAUCGCUCGCCUCUCUGCAUUGCCAUUGGGACACUUUGGUUCAAUUUUUUGAGGCAGGCAGUGGCCACUGGCCAGUGGGCAUCCCUUCAUACUCUGGAGACCAAGAGACUAGAGGAUUGGGAAACAGAAGCUUGAGCAAUUACGGUGAUGGUGGAAUGGUGGUGGUCUUUGUUGGGGGCAACCGUCCCGGCUGUUAUUGCAGGGCAGGCUCUGAGAAUGAAGAAAAGGCGAGUGGAGGAGCAGAGACUGAAGAGUGCAAGGGGGCGGGAGAAGGCCUCAGAUGAUAUCUUUGUUUGUGAACGGGUUUGCACUUCAAAGAGGAUGCUCAAGAAGGUUGGUGCAUUUUCUAAAGAACCAACUCCCGAUACCUGUGUUACUGCAUGUGGUGUUUCUGAGCUUGAUGCUUGUGCUGAUGCAUGUGCUCGAACCGUUUGUGUUAAUCAACACCAAGUGCCCAAUUGGAAUGAUAUUUGUCUUAGAAGGUGCCAGAAUGAGUGCCUUCGGCUCUCAAAUUCUUCAGCCAUGUCUUGAUAGAUAUAAAGUUACAUUUUAUGGCACCUUUACUAUAAUUCAGUGCCAUGGGUAUGUCUGUGAGAGUGGUUGAGUGACUUACACAUUGUCUUUCAUUAUUCUGUAUUUGCAAUUAGAGAGCUCAGAGCUGUGGGUUCCAAGCUUUUUACUUGAAUGAAUCUCUCUCUGGUUUGGGGAAGAAUAUCAUCAUGUCUUUUCCUGAGGUUUUAGGCAACUUCUGACAAUGAAGUAUCUAAACAAAUUUCAUUCACUCAAAGAUUUUGAGGAGAGCCUUUUUUUUGGUAACAACUUUAUUGUAAACAGUACUGUGGUUGUUCAUGAUAAAGCCAUGAGAGUGGUUGAACGAAUAGCAAAUUGUGUUUCAAUAUUU